GAACGUUGAAAGAUUAGGUGGAAUCUAAAAGUUGCGUCUUAUCUUUUUCGACCUGUGGUAGACGACUAAAACCGGGAGCUUGUCAAAAAAGUCGCCAAGAUAGGACGAAGAUUGAAUCAGUGGGAGCUAACUUAGAUCAAACCCCGUUUUUCGUCGUCAACCUCCUUGUCCGUCACUCUUUUUCCUUCGGUUACUUGUGUGGUAUAUCGUUUUCAUCACCCUUUGCCGGAUCUAAUUUGGUAGCUGCUGGCCACAGCUCUCUCUUGUCGCGUCUUCCAUCGUCACCGACCUCACUACGAUUACCGUCACAUCGGAACUCUUUUUUCCUUUUCUCUCCCCCCUUCUACCUCCGUAGUCGCGUAACCACGAAACAACAAAAAGGAUAUCAUCAAGCGUCAACCGACCAACAUCAUACUUUUUAAGUUCCCUAAUCCGGUUACACGCCGUCACACUGGCCGGACCUAGGUAGUCGAUCGACAGCGUCUCGAGUUCCACGAGGGCGCCGUUACCCGUGGCUGUCGCUGGCCAAACCUCGAAAUGGCAGCAGUCUCGGGUACUACCACACUUACUCCGCCGGGCAGCUCCCAUGCAGACCAUUCUGGAUGGAAUCACGUAUCCGGCCAUCAUGACAGCUCUAUGACGCAUAAGUCAUCUACGGACUGGUAUGAAACCAAUGGAUCCAUAAAAGGAGCCCACCAUUAUGGGAAUGGCGACUCUUCCUACGACCCAUACUCGGCAGAUAAUUACCGGCCAGGCAAAGAUCCUCGUACAAGCCAAUCGAACUCGAUAUCCGAUCACAAACGCCCAAACGCCGACGUUUCUCCCUCUGGGCCUGAGGAUGACGAACAUUCGAAAUGGAUUCACAGGGACAAAUUAGCCAGGAUAGAGAGCCAGGAACUUCAAGCUGCCGGUAUUAUCUUGCCCAAGUCACGGGCUCAGAGCAGAUCAAGACGGGAUCGGAGUCAAGAGAAGACGAAUGGCCACCGUCGAGCUACGGACGCUUCAGACCAUCCUGUCGCGAGAUCUCGAAAGAAUUCGGAGCUGAGUUUGGACAGAACUCCCGACAUUGAGAUUCCUAGCUGGGAUUUGCGCCUCCCCGAGGAGAUAGCGGAGGAUCCUGGUGAGUAUUGGGUGACGAAAGAGAGCGGGAAGUCGCGUAUUCCUGUGGCGAAAGUGAGUCCGGCGCCGAUACCUGUCGACUACCUCGAGCGAGAUGCGCCUGUUACGCGAAAGUCUAGCUUCGCCAUGCUUGACGAAGAAGCAUCGAUUGCGAUACCGAAGCCGCGAUCACGAAGUGGUAGUGCCAACAUUCGUGAUGAGGCUCCAAAGCUUCAGUCUACAAAACGUACUGUCACUGAGGGAUCGCCUAAGAAGUCAACGGGAACUAGGAAAGCCACAGUGGGCUCGAAAACAACCACACAGGGUCGACCUAAGACUCGGUCAGGCCCUGGCGCUCGUAGUGGUUCCGCAACACGGCCAACCACCAGGUCCGGCGAAAUGUCACCUAUCUCUAAGGCCGCGCCGGAGGGUGAUCCGCCAUGGAUGGUUUCCGCAUAUAAGCCCGAUCCUCGCCUACCGCCUGAUCAGCAGUUGCUUCCCACCGUUGCGAAACGACUACAGCAAGAGAAAUGGGAACAGGAAGGCAAGUUCGGGAACAUAUAUGACAAAGAAUUCCGUCCCCUUAAUGAAGAGGGCUUCUUAAGACCUCCGGAGUUGGAAAAACCAAAGGAAGUUGAGGAGAAGCAGGAAGAAUGGCCGCUGCGACCUGGUGCUAAGAGUCCGAACACGAGCCGUCCUGGUACUAGCUCUUAUUCGACAAUGCCCAAAAUACAGGGUGCGCCUGCUAUGAGCCCUCUUGCUAGUCCUCUUUCGAUGCAAUCACCGCAAGCUCAACCUGAACCAAGCGUUAGAGUACCGACGCAGGUAGAGGAGCCCCAGGAAGAUUCGAAGAAAUCAGGUUGCGGUUGCUGUAUCGUAAUGUGACCAGUCCGGUACGGCACGCAUUAAUUUGGUCUUUGGUCCUCUUCUACGGUUUCCAAAGCACACUACCAACGUGGAUAAACGCCGAGAUUAGACCUGCACGAUGUUACGACUCUCCAAGACUUUUAUCACAUUCAGCGCU